CAGAGGCAGCAGGGCGUUUCUAAAUAAUAAGCGCUGGCAGAAAGCAGGGGAGGGGCUGAACCUACACGAAACAUGGAAGGAAAGCCAAGUUGCAUCUUGAAUGCCUAAAUAGCUGCUUUUUAAAGGAAACGUCCGGAAAGCUGCUGGUGGACAAGAAAGGACCGCCCUCCUGUUGGAAUAGCAAGAAAUUGUGAUUGGUGCUCACUUGGACGAUCUGGCCUUCACUGUGAGGAGGACAUCUCUCUCUAGAGCCCGUAAAGCUUCCACACUUGUGAUUGUUAUUGCAUUCGAAAGCAUCCGGCUACAGCAGGACCACAAGUACCGCAACCAAGUAGCAGCCUGGUCAAUAUUUCAUAGCCUCUUAAUGGCCACUGAUGUUUCAUUCUGAUUAAUGAUCGAGCCUUAUGUCAGAUUUACAUCAGCGCUUUACAUCAAAACCGUAGCUCACAGUUUCCUCAUUACUUAUUGACAUUUAAGUCUUAUUGUAGGUCCACACGGACAAACAUCCGACAGAUAGUGACAGCUGACCAUACAGCUAACUCCCAAAGCUCAGGAUGGAGGAGCACAUCUAUGCGACAGGCAUGGCCGCCAAGCUGAGGAGCCAAUGGGAUCGGGACGACGGUCUAGGACAGAAUCACAAGGCGGUAAAGUUUCUGGGUCAGGACUACGAGUCUCUGAAAGCCCAGUGCCUCCAGAGCAGGAGGCCGUUUGAGGAUAAUUUGUUCCCUUGUGCCGCAUCGUCGCUGGGAUUCAACGAGCUCGGACCGAGAUCCUCCAAGACCGCCGGAGUCCGCUGGAUGAGGCCCCCGGAGUUCUGCAAGCGCCCUGAGUUCAUUGUUGAUGGAGCUACUCGCACAGACAUCUGCCAGGGAGCUCUGGGUGACUGCUGGCUGCUGGCUGCCAUCGCCUCGCUGACCUUAAACGACAACCUCCUGCACAGAGUGGUUCCUCAUGGACAGAGCUUUGGGCAGGGAUAUUGUGGCAUCUUUCACUUCCAGUUCUGGCAGUUUGGCGAGUGGGUGGAGGUGAUUAUCGAUGACCGGCUGCCGGUGAAGGACGGGAAGCUGCUGUUUGUCCACUCGGCAGAGGGCACCGAGUUCUGGAGCGCCCUGCUGGAAAAAGCCUACGCCAAGUUGAAUGGCUGUUAUGAGGCUCUGUCAGGCGGCAGCACCUCCGAGGGCUUCGAGGACUUCACAGGCGGCGUGACGGAGAUGUACGAGCUGAGGAAAGCUCCAUCCGACCUCUUCAGCAUCAUCAGCAGAGCCAUAGACAGAGGGUCGCUGCUCGGCUGCUCCAUAGACAUCACCAACACAAGAGACAUGGAGGCCGUGACGUUCAAGAAGCUGGUGAAGGGACACGCCUACUCUGUGACUGGUGUGGACGAGGUGGUGUACAGAGGAAGCCCGACCAAGCUGGUUCGCAUUAGGAACCCCUGGGGGGAAGUGGAGUGGACCGGAGCCUGGAGCGACAGCUCCAGAGAGUGGGACAGCGUGGAUCGAUCCGUCAAAAGCCGGCUACAAAACCGCAGCGAGGACGGUGAAUUCUGGAUGUCCUUUAACGACUUCCUGCGCGAGUUCAGUCGUCUGGAGCUCUGCAACCUGACGGCUGACGCCCUGCAGAACACCCAGCUGAAGAAAUGGAGCUCCUCACUCUAUCAGGGAGAGUGGAGGAGGGGCAGCACUGCAGGAGGCUGCAGGAACUUUCCAGCAACCUUUUGGCUCAACCCUCAGUUCAAGAUUGCGCUGCAACACCCGGACACUCCCGGCCAAUCAGACUGCAGCUUCCUGGUCGGUCUCAUGCAGAAAGACCGCAGGAGCAAACGGCGGGAGGGCAAAGACAUGGAGACCAUCGGGUUUGCUGUCUAUGAGGUUCCAAAGGAGAUGAAGGGGAGGUCAGGCGUUCACCUGAAGCGAGACUUUUUCCUCACCCACGCCUCCUCCGCCCGCUCAGAGCUCUUCAUCAACCUGAGGGAGGUCAGCUCACGGUUGCGGCUGCCGGCCGGGGAAUACAUCAUCGUCCCUUCCACGUUUGAUCCGAACAAAGAGGCCGACUUCUGCCUCAGAGUUUUCUCUGAGAAGCCCGCCGACUCAGAGGAGCUUGAUGAUGAUGUUACAGCUGAGCUUCCAACAGAGACUGAGCUGGACGAGAGUCAGAUCGACGCCAGCUUCAAGAACCUCUUCAGACAGCUGGCGGGGCCGGACAUGGAGAUCAGCAUCACAGAGCUGCAAACCAUAUUAAACAGGAUCAUCAGUAAACAUAAAGACCUGAAGACAGACGGAUUCAGCCAGGAAUCUUGUCGCAGUAUGAUCAACCUUAUGGACACGGACGGCAGUGGAAAACUGGGCCUGACAGAGUUCCAUGUACUCUGGGAAAAGAUUAAACGAUACCUGACCAUAUUCAGGCAGUUUGACUUGGACAAGUCGGGCACAAUGAGCUCCUAUGAGAUGAGGAUGGCUCUUGAAUCUGCAGGUUUCAAGCUGACCAACCAGCUGUUCCAGCUGAUCAUCCUGCGCUACACCGAGGCCGACAUGUCUCUCGACUUUGACAACUUUGUCACCUGUCUGGUCCGGCUGGAGACCAUGUUCAAAACCUUCCACACCAUUGACACAGAUAAAGAUGGAUACAUGUCCCUCAACUUCAAUCAGUGGAUUACCCUGACCAUGUUUGCCUAGAGAUGAGCGGACUCUUCUGUAAAUGUUGCACUGCAUCCUGCUGCAGCUCCAGACCCAGUAUGUGUUGUUUCAGACGUGCCUUUUAUUCUCCACCAGUUCUUCCUCUCGCUGCUGAGGCCCUCUGAUGCUAAAAGACUGUAAAUUCAUCUUUACAGUGCCUACAUUGGAAACAUGUGCCAAUACUUUAGUUGUCACCUGAUUUGCCAACAGAAGGAAGCUCACUUCUUGUAGCCUGGCGGUCAACUCUGCGGUAGCACAAGCUAUUUUUUUUUUAAGCAGAGCUACUAUGAUGGCAGAAAUAAACAUAUUGGUUGAAUUUCAAUGGGUGGAGACAAAAAGUCCCACAUUUUUGUGGUGCUAUAUAGCUUGCCUGGUUGGGGAAAAAAAGUAGUUGUAUAUUUUCUUAUUCUAGCUGUCGUCCUUGGUCAAAGAGUUUGUAUCCACUUCUAAGAGAGAAAGCAGAUGAAUCAAUUAGUCAAAUACAUUUAUAAAUUGACAAAUAAACACAACAUGUAAGCAACAUUAUGCAAGCAUCUUUUGCCUCCAAAAAGAGGAAUUCACUUCUUCACCACUGUCCUAAAUAUGAACAGCAGUACAGGAUUAUUACUUACAAUCAAAAGAAAUGAUUGACAACCUCACAAACACAGCCACACAACACAAGACCUAGCAAGCCAGCUAACUAGCCUUACACCAAGGAGACCAGUUCGGCUUCAGGUCCUGCAGCCUUUAUUAUGGGACUUUUUUUUUAAAGAUUAUUUUUGGGCAUUUUACUGCUUUAUUAGAUAGUGACAGAUAGAAAGGGGGAGACAGAGGGGAAGUCAUGUGGCAAAAGGUCCUCAGGCCGGAUUCGAACCCGGGUCCACCGCAGCAAGGACUCAGCCUUAAUGGCACACGCUCUACCUGUGUGAGCCACUGAGAUCUACUCCUGUCUGGCAGCCUGCCUCCUUUUCAUUCCUUGUUCCCUCCAUCAAUGUCCUAUUUGGCUUCUUUGCCAUGAUUUCCGUAGAGGCUGCUAAACCCUGUCUCAGUGACGCUCACUGCCAACAUUCCCCUCCAACCCUGGGCCUGAACAGCUCCUCCUCUCGAUGGUCCAAAGCUCCUGUGCUAGUGGUGUAAACACCAACCACUCCCCUGGUGCUCCUAGCAGUCCUGCAGCACUGCUAACUGAGCUAGCUGACGGCAGCUUUUAUUUAACCAACAAGUAAAGACUUCUCUCUAUCAGAAAACUACGAGUCGAGGCGGAGCAGCCCAAGGACAUCAGAGGGGAAAACCAGAAAACAUUUCUUUCAUAAAAUAUUAUCCAGUUUGCUCAAAACAAGUGACAUAGUUGUCAGUACAAGUCAGUUAAGCAUCUUGAAGCUUGUAUUUUAAGGUGAAAGUGUUGCAUAAUGGCAAUUUCACUAACACCAAAGCAAGUGCCGCAACACAAGACAUAGCAAGUCAGAUAAUAUCAGUAACUAGUCCUGUCCUGCAGCUUUUUAUUACUUUGUUGACCGAAAACGCUCACAAAAGUCAGUUUAGAAUGAAAAUGAUCUCGAAGCUGUUAUUUAAAGGUAAAAUUUGUGCAUAAUGUUGCUUUAAUAAACAUAAAAUGUGUUAAAUAAAACUGACAAGUGAAAUAAUUCUGAAGAUUUUUUAGCAGGAUUUAGCUAACCCUUUCUGAACUUGGUAACUAGGCCAGCGAUUGGGUGAAUUAAUUAAAGAAAUGUAAAAAGCAAGUUGCCAAGAAGCGAACCAGCACUUUGAAUAAUAGUUUUUGGCCUCUGUGCUGCUGAAAACCAAACCAAUAUGAUUAUUUUUGCUCCGUGGUGUUUCACCUCUUGUAAAGAGGUUAAGUGGGAAUUUUUUAGUGGUUUAGUGUUUAAUGGUGAAAAUGAUCAUUAAUGUGUUCCACAUAAUGAGCAGGGGUAGUUCUGCAUCGCUGCAUUCAUCUGAAAGGGGACAAUAAUACUUUUACACAGAUUUUUUAUCAAAUGAAUUCUCUGAUAAAUGAAGAGAAUCCUGUGCUGGGUCCAACAAUCUAACUGAGGACAAUCAGCUCCUUUCAGAGAUUAUUUUUUAAAACCUGCUGUCAGUUAUCACAAUCUCCUGUGCCAGAUGUGGAGAGCUGCUGAGUGUGCCAGCUUCUUCUUCAGCCUGCUCUUUAAAUUCUUCACAUUCAGCACGUAUGAAUGAGCGGAACAUGUAUCUCUACUCUGCCUUUGUAGCGCCGUUGGCACUAUUUUUUGUUCACAUCUUGUGCCAAACUUUGCUUUCACCUCAGCAUCAAGAGUCCACUCAUGUAGCUUUACCGGGCCCUGCAGUGCGGAGACAAUGGUGGUGUGUUGUAUCAUAAAGAAUGUGUUGUUUCUGUUUAGCUUUACAUACUUAUAAUUCUGCAUGGCACUUUUUACUGAUAUGGGAAAAACUUUUAUAAUCGUCGCUAGAACUGGAUGUCAUGGUGGUUUUUAAAAAGGGAUGCCUUGCCAAGAACACGUCGAUACUUAAGGUGAAGGUGAACUAUUAUGCAAGAUGGAUGGAUUUGUUGUGUGCAUGCAGUGUGCAAUGUGAUAUAAUGUCUGCCUGCCUAAUUUCUGUUCAACCAUGGGAGCAAAUGUUUUAUUUGAAGAGUUAUAUUCCAAAAUGACAUUUUUACACACUUUUAGGGGUGAAAAAAAAGACUUGGAAGUGUUAAAAUAUGGAGGAUCUACACGGAAAGUGUUAUUAUUUUCUUAAAGUGUUUUAACUGCCAAAGUAAUUUGUUCUGCCAUUUUUUUAAUGUUUUUGUAAAUGGAAGAACUGAAUUUGAAACAUUUAAUUCAAAAAGUGACAGCCAAACCCCUCCAAUGUAUCUGAUACUCCAGCAACGCCAUUAUUCAUGUGUUCAGUUCUUGCAGCGUAACGCUUAUGUAACAUUAGAUAAUGUUUACAAAGGUAACAUUCUGGGUCCCUUUGGACCCGUUCGUCAUGCAAUGCGUUGGUUUACUGUGUAGAAUCUCUGUUGAACUUCAACACACACUUUGAAAAUAAACAUGGGAAAGAAAGAA